AUGACAAGAAGAGACGGUUCUGUUGAUCAAAAUACUGACCAAAGUACUGAGCAUAGUACUGAUCAAAGGCAGUCUGAGGCCUUUCGCAGGGAAAUACGUGCUGGUUAUCAUGCCAUACAUAAUCGGAUUAAUGUGGGAAGAGAUGAGAUAGCAAGUGCAGAUUCACCAAUGUUUAAAACCAUCGUCGGAGAUGUGGAAAAGUUGCAUCAGCAAGUUGUUAAACCAAGGGAGCAAGUUGCAGAUGCACAGGUUAUGCUUAAUCUUACAACCACGUUGCUCACCUCGACUGAAUCGCUUAGUCUUGGGGCAUUCACCCCCGCAAACUUUGUUUCUUCACUAAAAAGACAGUUUGUGGAAGAUUCUCAGAGAAUACAAUCUGGGAAUUCUUCAAAUUCAAUCAGUUGGAAAGCUAUUGGCCGUGCUGCUGCACAUGUUUUCAAGCAAGGAAUAGGAUGUCGGACCAUUAUUGGGCCAAUGGAAUUGAUGUUUAAGCCACAGAAAUGUACAGUUGUUAGAAGACAUCGCAGGCUAAUCGAGAAGGAAAAACCAAAGGAGAUGUGGUUUCUUGCCUCCCUAGUCAAUUCAGAGGAGGAGACGCUUAAUGAUAUGAUUGUUGCAGUAAUGUUUGGUGUCCUGAAGAAAAAUAAUCCUGUUAAGCUUGAGAAUCUUAUACUUAACAGGCAUUCCUUUGCUCAAACGGUUGAGAAUCUGUUUGCACUCUCUUUCUUAGUAAGAGAUGGUCGGGUUUUCAUGGAGGUGGAUGAAAACGGCUCUCAUUUACUUUCUCCAAGAAAUGCUCCCAUUCGCCGUUUAGUUGUGAGAGGGGAGGUUAAAUACAGCCACUUUAUUUUCAGACUUGACUUUGCUGAUUGGAAGCUUAUGAUGGAUUCAGUGCCAAGGGGUGAAGAGCUCAUGCCACACAGGAAGUAUGUGGACAAUCCAGCUGAUGAAGAGUUCGAAGAAGAGUUGGAGACAAAGAACGUUCAGCUGGCAUUAGAUACACCUCCACCACCAGGAGUAUCUCAGGAAGAGUGUGAAUUGAAAGAAUUUGAAACGGCAGAAUCUUCAAGAAAACGUCCGCAACUCCUACCAGAACAGAAAUGA